UGCAUUCGCAAACCGCUUCGUGGGCAAUCUUUGGAGACUGUUCCAGAGCUUGCAUGCCACGGCCAUGGAGAAAUCUAGUACCAUCUCGUCAAUUUCGUAGCCAAUUGCAAACUCUAUGCUCACAUCCACGGAAUUCUUCCUCUUCGACAAGAUGGAAGAGCAGACAAGGCAGAGACUCGUAUGCACGAGAAGCGAAGGUCCAAGGACUGAAGAGCAGAGCUGCUUUCAAGUUGCUAGAGAUUGAUGCAAAGUACAAACUGUUUAAAAAAGGCCAGACCGUUGUUGAUCUUGGCUAUGCACCAGGAAGUUGGUCACAGGUCGCGGUAGAACGGACAAAGCCCAAUGGCAGAAUCCUCGGCAUCGAUAUUAUUCCUGCGCAACCACCCAAAGGCGUGUCAACGAUACAAGGCAACUUCCUAUCUGUGGGAGUACAAGAGGAGGUGAAGCGAUUCCUCUCAGAUCCUGGUCGAGGACGGCCCAAGCAACAAUUAUUUUUAAUGCAUGAAGACACUGGGGUCACAGAGGCGGUAAUUGAAGAGGAUCGUAGCUAUAUAGACCUCGAACGACAUGCGGACGAUCCGCCAGAAGGAGGUAGCACACUUAACAAGAGGGGCAAGAAAGCUCAAGAUCUGGGAAAGACGGUGGAUGUUAUUUUGAGUGAUAUGUCCGAACCCUGGGAACAGACUACCGGUUUCUGGAAGAGAACUCUAAGUAAUCCUUAUAGGAUGAUGAACACGAGCGGCAUUACCUUCAGAGACCAUGCUGGAAGUAUGGACCUCUGUGCGGCAGCAUUGCAUUUCGCUCACGAUACCCUUCGAACCGGUGGCCACUUCAUUUGCAAAUUUUACCAAGGCGCCGAGGAUAAGGAUUUUGAAAGGGAGUUGAAGAAGAUGUUUAGAACCGUGCACAGGGAAAAGCCGGAAUCUUCAAGAAGUGAAUCCAAAGAGGCGUAUUUUGUGGCACUGUGGAGGAAAGUUGAUGUUGAGGAUUCGAGUGCUAGUGAUUCAAAUGAGGUUACUUAAUGAAAACUGCUUUCAUAAACCUCGACUUCUGGAAUUUUGCAGUAGUUAGGUAUGCUUCCUGAGCGAGUGCAGACCAUGCGAAACCAUAGCAGCAAAAUGCUAAAGACAGGCUCCGUGCUUGACGUCAAGGCCUC